AUGUUAUUAGAAGUAAUAUCUGUGAAUAAGAAAUUGUCAUUUUUUAAACAGAAAAUGAUUCUUACUAUGACGCUGCUGAAAAUGGAACACUUGCAAUGCGGCCGUUCCCAUGGGUUUACCGCACUACAAAUGAAACUCUGGGAGUUGGUUGUCUUUAUAUUUCGGCCCGAAGCGAGUGUUUCAUCUAAGCAGUCGGCUGGUCUUGAAAUUCCUUUGCAUCAAAUUGAUAUUCGUAUCAAGGCGAGCAAUGAGAAUGCAAAGACUAAGAACGCUGCUGAAAAUGGAACACUUGCAAUGCGGCCGUUCCCAUGGGUUUACCGCACUACAAAUGAAACUCUGGGAGUUGGUUGUCUUUGUCAUUGA